AUGAAGAAAACUUCCUGGAUUAGAAAGAACUUUCUGCUUGUAGCAGGACUGUCAGUUAUAGGUGUCCAUUUGGGAACCAUGCUUGUGAACUUUGUUGCAAAAAAGUCUGCUCAAUCUCAGUCAGAAACUAAAAGAGAUCGUGGGGAAUGAAAUAGCUUCCUGCUGUUGCUAUUUAUCAGUUUUGCAACGUGAUUUAAGCCUGGUUUUAAGAGAGCUGUGAUGAGUGGUUUCAGGAACGUUAUAUAUACUGUUUCACACUGAAAAUAAUAUUUCUUACCUGCAAAGAAUUAAAAUGUACUACCCUUAAAAUUUAAAA